UCAAUCGCUUGCGUUGCAACAAGGCCAUCUCCGUUGUCUCGUUUCGAGUGUCCGGUUGAAGCAGCGAACCGAAAGUGCAUGCAGUCUCGCCAGCAUGCCGAGCUGUUUCGUACCCGGCUGCAAGAAUCACUCAGGUCGAAGACUGGAAGGUGUCACUUUUCACAGGAUCCCGAAAAAUCAGCAGCGUCGUGCGGCCUGGCUUCAAGCCUUAGGCUACCCUCCCGACCGUGAGCCGUCAAAGUACAGCUCCAUAUGUUCUUUGCACUUUCGAGAAGAGCAUAUUGACCGACCCUCGUUGAGCUCUGUUCGUUUGCGAGACGAUGCCGUUCCGACUGUCGCCUAUCAGUCAGAACCCGUCACACCGUCACGCAGCCACUCAGCAUCGCCGUAUCCGGCAUCAGCAUCGAGCUCUGCUCCAUGCUCAGCGUCUGGUUCUGAAACUGUGGACAUCGGCCAGGUACCUACUGAUCCCCUCUGGGAAUAUGCAGUGGUGGGAACUGAGCCAUCAACAAGCGUUGAAAAAGUGGUAAUGCUUGGGGCAUAUUGCAGGCGUGGAUUUAGGGAGGGGACUGCCUCCCCCCCCCAAUACGGCUGUGUUGCCUGUGUAAAAACUGCUGGAUGAUACUGUGCCACAAAGCACACAAUCUCUUUAAGACGGACCCCCCCCCCCCCCCAUGACGGACUCUUCAAUUCGCCCCUGGACAUAUGUGGGUACAAGGAACGGAUAAUGGGAGGAGAUUCUAAUACGUACACACCAGUUGUGCAGCCACCAUCGAAGUAAGGGGCCAGACCCCUUUACCUGCCCUACCCCCACCAAUAUGUAUGAUAUGCACUUUCUCAUUAAACUUCCACGAUUUGCA